AUGCCACCCCGGUUAGACCAGCCAGCAGGUAAGGGCUGGCGAUUCUGGGCAGUUCUGACUUCGCUCGCGCUGGGCAACCUACUGGUGGGUCUGGACGUGACUAUCCAAUCGUCUGCCUUGCCCUCGAUCACCGAUGAUCUGAACGCCGGCGAAAACUACAUCUGGAUCCAGAACGGGUACCUUCUCACCAUGACGGCCUUCUUGCCUCUGUACGGGCAGCUGGCACAGGUACUGGGACGGCGGUGGCCCACGAUGGUGGCGGUGUCCAUCUUCCUGCUGGGCAGUGGCAUCAACGGCGGCGCCUCGUCGACGGCCAUGCUGAUAGCCGGGCGACUGGUGCAGGGCAUCGGGGCCGCAGGGAUGACGGCCAUGACACAGCUUAUCAUCACCGACCUGGUGUCCAUGCGUGAUCGGGGCAAGUACAUCGGUUUCGUCUUCGCCAUCUUUGGUGUCGGAUCGGCCCUGGGGCCCCCAAUCGGGGGUGUCAUCGUGCAGUACAUCUCCUGGCGCUGGGUGUUUUACAUCAACCUGCCAAUCGCGGGCUUAACCCUGGCCAUGCAGUUCCUUUUCCUGCAGGUUGCCUUCGUUCGGCGCACCAGCAUCCGCCAAAAGCUCCGCUCGCUCGACUGGGUCGGAAACGCCAUCAUUGUCGCGGCCGUGGUGUCCAUCCUCAUCGCUCUCUCCUGGGCCAACACACGUUACCCGUGGUCCUCGUGGCGCAUCAUCGUACCACUCGUCCUUGGAUUCGUCGGACUGGGCAUCUUCGCCGCCUGGGAAUCCUCCCCGUACUGCAUCCAACCCACCAUCCCGCCGAAGAUGUUCGCCAAUCGCACCUCCGCCGCCGCCCUGAUCAUCACCUUCCUCAUGUCCAUGCUGACGAUCUGGCGCUUCUACUUCCUCCCGGUCUACUUCCAAGCGGUCAAGCUCACCUCAUCCUCGCGAUCGGGUGUUCUCCUCCUCCCGUCCGUCCUGAUCGGCGUCCCCGCUGCCAUUAUUUCCGGCCAAGUCCUCUCCCGCGUCGGACGGUACAAACCCAUCCACUUCUUCGGCUUCGCCACCGUCACCCUCGCGUCGGGGCUAUACAUCUACCUAGGCCUCGACUCCUCCCUCGCCGAGAUCGUCAUUUUCCAGCUCAUCGCCGGCAUCGGCGGCGGAUGUCUCAUGACGACGCUCCUCCCAGCCGUCCAGGCCCCGCACCCGCCCAUGCUCAUGCCCGCCGCCACCUCCACCUGGACAUUCAUCCGCGCGUUCGGAAAUAUCUGGGGGAUUGCCAUCCCCUCCGCCAUCUUCAACGUGCAAUUUAAUGCCCGAGCAGACACGAUCUCCGACCCGACCGUGCGAGCGUACCUCGGUGGAGGGGAGGCGUAUGCGCACAUCUCGGCCAAGUAUAUCCGUUCGUUGACACCGGAGGUGCAGCAUGAGGUGCGGGAGGCGUAUUUGCAUGCCUUGAAGAUCGUGUGGAUUGUCUGUACGGCAUUUUGUGGCCUUGGUCUUGCGUUGAUCUUUUUGGAGAAGGAGAUUGAGUUGAGGAGGGUGGUCGAGGGGAACGUCAAGUUGAAGGAGAAGCAGAAGCAGCAGGAUGCGGAGAAGCUGAUGAACGCAAACAAAGAGACUGCUGCUGCUAGCGAGGCGGGUGUCAAUUCACCUGCACCUGGACAGACGCAGGAGAAGGUUUAG